AUGCAGUCCCUUUCAACCUCUACGACUCGUAGUGUUCAUGAACCUUUGCUGAUUGCUGAAGCCUGGUCAGGUGAUACAAAGCUCUUGCAAACGUUAGAGUUUGCUCGACCUGAACGUGCUCUUUUGGAUAUCGCACAAGGUGUUCUAUGCUCAUGUACUCACUCUGUCGUUCAGUGGAUCUGGCGCUGGAUACACGAGAGAUGUCGUGCACCAGCAGUCGAGGAAAACAUUCCUCGGACCGUUCGACAACAAUUGGACUCUAUCACCGAUUGCUUAGCUGAUCUAAAGAUGCAGCAAGAAUUGAUCGAUACGGAUCUACAGAACCUUCGACACAAGAAUGUAUGGUGUUGUAAUGAGGAUGGGGCGUAUCUAGAAGCUUCAAGGAUGCCUCUGGAUAUGGACAAGACUCUAGUACCAAUUGUGACUCAACAAGAUCUUGUUAACAAACAAGAUGAAGACGAUUACGUGCAAUUAAACCUUCAAGAUGUGUAA